AUGCAUCACUACAUUUCGCCAGCACCGGAAACAACACGCGUUGGCUUGUGCCUAGAUCCAAAGGUGGGGAAAAUAGCUGAGGCAGACGGUGGUGGAAUCGAUGCGAUGGUUGUCGGCACAGGGAUUCAAAUCCGUUUCGGUCACGCUGUGGUUCGUGCCGGUGCGGUGCUCGUUGAUGGUGCCUCGGUCGAAGAAGACUCCGCCGUACAGUUGACAGACCUGCUCCAAUUGGAUACGUUUGUCAGUGAGUCACCGGGAUCGGCAGUGCAAAUGUUCGGGUGA